GUCUUCGUCUUCCUCGAUCGGUUCGCUUAGGGUUGCGUUCCAGAAGAGGAAGCGAAGGCUGCAGCGAUGAUGUCGUUCCACAAGCAGCUGCAGCGGGAGCUGACGACGCUGCCGUACGUGGCGGAGCAGCAGCAGCUGGGGGGCGGCGAUGGCUCCGGCGUGCUCAGGACGGAGAUGAACCACUUCUCCGCUUCCGACGAAUACGGUGAGAAGGAUCUCCAUCGCCUCGUGAAGGGCGGCGCCAACGGGCCCAGGUGGCUCAACAGCGGAAUUCUCCGGCCGCAGCCAGGCGAGGAGCCCUUCGGCGAUGGGAGAUUCCUCCACCUCCAGACGGCCUCCGAACCCUCCGCGUCUGCGGGACACUGGUUCCCCCGCCCCCCUAUCCUGCAUCGCGGCGGCGACGGCAGCGACGACGAGGUCCCGGCCUCGUCGAGCGACGCCGUGGGGAUCUCUGGCGCGUGCGGGGAGCCCACGGAGGCGGCCUCCGGGGAGGGGACGUGGCAGGACGCGAGACACAAGGCGGAGAUCUUAGCGCACCCGUUGUACGAGCAGCUCCUGACGGCUCAUGUGGCGUGCCUCCGGAUCGCGACGCCGGUGGACCAGUUGCCGCGGAUCGACGCGCAGCUCGCCCAAUCGCAGCAAGUGGUGUCCAAGUACUCGGUGCUCGCCAACGGCGGCCACAUGCUCGGUGACGACAAGGAGCUCGACCAGUUCAUGACACACUACGCCUUGCUACUUUGCUCCUUCAAAGAACAACUGCAGCAGCAUGUACGUGUGCAUGCAAUGGAGGCAGUGAUGGCUUGUUGGGAGCUGGAGCAAGCACUUCAAAGCUUCACAGCAGGUGUUUCUGCUGGGGAAGGAACAGGUGCGACCAUGUCUGAUGAUGACGACGAUGAUGAUAAUCAAGUAGAUAGUGAAACAAAUUUAUUCGCCGGAAGCUUUGAUGGGCCGGACAGCAUGGGCUUCGGCCCACUUGUUCCAACCGAGAGCGAGAGAGGCCUAAUGGAACGAGUUAGACAGGAGCUGAAACUCGAGCUAAAACAGGGGUACAAAGAAAAGAUUAUAGACAUCAGAGAAGAGAUUCUUCGCAAGCGAAGAGCUGGGAAACUUCCCGGUGAUAGCACUUCUACAUUGAAAGCUUGGUGGCAAUCCCACUCCAAGUGGCCAUAUCCAACAGAGGAUGACAAAGCAAGAUUAGUGCAAGAAACAGGAUUACAGUUAAAGCAGAUCAACAACUGGUUCAUCAACCAGAGAAAAAGGAAUUGGCACACCAAUCCCUCUUCAUCAACUUCUCUAAAGACCAAGCGCAAAAGGUAGAGACACUGUUGUUGCCUAUUGUUUGCUAGGAAUUAGUUCACAACUUCAAUCGAGUGAAGCAUGAUCUCCUCUCCACAUACUAAUUAGCGACAAUGUUAAAAAUCUCUAGAGGAGGAUGAUCUUGAUUUGAGCCAUGCAGUCGCAUGGAAAUAUCGGUUUCUACUUGUUCUAUUGCGAUGCUGAAACAAAAUUGUAUGAGAAAUUCUUCUUUUUCUGCUUCAAGAGUAUGUAAUAUACAAGUGGCUUGUGAAUGCAAGGGACAGUGAAGUAAAUGCCUUCUUUUAAGCCAAUCAGACUUGUUUGUCUUAAUUAUUACAGAUUAACUACGAAAAUUUUAUCUCAACUGUACAAGUGAGACUUUUAAUUGUAAUAGUUUUGUGCAAGAUCUUUUUAAUAAUC